AUGGCUAAACACGGAAAGCGGCAUAACACUGCUACCGCCGUAAUUGACAAGGACUUUGAAUAUCAGCCGGAAGAGGCUGUUGCGCUCGCUAAAAGCAACGCCACUGCGAAGUUCGACGAGACGGUUGAGUUGCAUCUGCGCACGGGUGCUGACCCACGGCACGCCGACCAGAUGAUUCGCGGUGUCGCGCUACUGCCGCAUGGCGUAGGCAAGACCGUGCGCGUUACGGUUUUCACGCAGGGCGAGGCAGUUUCCAUUGCCGAAGAGGCUGGUGCCGAUUUCGUCGGUUCCGAUGAGAUUAUCCAGCGUGUUGAGGGUGGUUGGGUGGAUUUCGAUGUGUCGAUCGCCACGCCGGAUAUGAUGGGAAGAAUCGGAAGGCUGGGGCGCUUCUUGGGGCGAAGGGGGCUUAUGCCCAAUCCGCGCACCGGUACGGUGGUACAGCCUGACGAACUACCUAGGACCAUUCGUGAAGCUAAAUUGGGCAGAGUGGAGUACCGUGUUGACCGGACCUCACUGAUCCAUGUGCCGAUAGGCAAAGCCAGUUUUGAACUGGACCAGUUGAUGGACAACCUCACUUCGCUCAUGGAUAACAUCGUCAGAGCGCGACCGAGCGGAAUAAAGGGGCAGUACAUCAGAACUGCCUAUCUCACGACAACGAUGGGUCCAAGCGUCAAAAUGGAUGUUGCCAGUACGAGCGCCCUUAGAGUAGAAUAG